CUCACAAGCACUUGAACCCGCGAGACACGAUCUUUCGAGCGUCGAUGGUGGUUCAUCGCAGUCGCGCAAGACAUUUUGCAUUAUCCAGAGAUGGCUUCAAAAGCAAGGAUGAUUUUUCCUUCACGGGUAUGGAUGCGAAGUGGUCCAAUGCAGAAAGUUUACAAUUGUGCUCGUUGUCGGUUCUACGCUGCAGAAGCUAGCAGUUCAAACCCACCUUCAUCACCUCUGCUUGUUCAAUUGAGGACUGAUCUCAAGACUGCCAUGAGAGCGAAAGAUACAGCUCGGCUUAGUGUCAUUCGCGCACUUCUCGCGGAAGUCACCAAUGCUGCCAAAACUUCAAGAGCGAUCGAAACAGACGUACAAGUAUUGUCACUUAUCAGAAAACGGAUUGCCGCCGCAAAAGAAGCUGGAGAAUCAUUCAAAGCCGCAGGCCGAGAAGAUUUGUCCCAGCAAGAAGAUGCCCAGGCCACAGUGCUUCAAGAGUAUGCUAGCAAUGUGGACACCGUCUCGGAGGCGGAAAUGAAGGAGGCAGUCGAGCAGGCGAUAACUUCUUUGGACGCAAAGAGUCGCAAUCUUGGCAUCGUGAUGAAGGUCCUGACCGGCUCGGGCGGGAAACUUGCAGGUCGACCAGUGGUAGGCAAAGACCUUGCGGCGAUCAUUUCACGGGCGCUCUAGACGAGAGCUUCCAGAGACGAGAUCCGGAGAAGAAGGCGUCACCAAGGAUAUGCACCCGGUCAGGGACGACCGACGAUCCCGUCAGCACCAAAGUUUGAUAUGUGUGCGCUGCAAGAGCUCCAUUCUCAAAAAGGUAGAGCUGGUCGGUCAAGACUCGAGUCAGAGGAGAGAAUCAUGGUCACAUCCAGAUUCCGGAAACGGUCUGGAUGCGAGAUCAUAUUUGUGCACGGGAUGUAUUACAUAGACGAACCUUGUACAGUACAAGCAUAUUCACGACAAAUCUGAGACGACAGUAACUAGGUAGCACAUGUUCGGAAUUUUUUACAAUUCCAAAAACGCCCAUUUUGAAGAC